GAGGCGGCUGGGGCUGGGGCUCCCGUCAGCGGCCGGGAGGGGCCCUGACAUGGCGGCGGCGCGGCCCCGCCUCCGCGCUGGGCGGGAAACCGCGCCCGGGCCGGCCAUGGAGGCGGCGGGCGACGAGCAGCGGGUGCUGCUCGAACAGAGGCUGCGGGCUGCGGUGCACUACACGGCCGGCUGCCUGUGCCAGGACGUCGCCGAGGACAAGGGCAUGCGGUUCAGCAAGCAGGCCAUCGCCGCCAUCGCCGAGAUCACCUUCAGGCAGUGUGAAAACUUUGCAAGAGACCUCGAAAUGUUUGCCAGGCAUGCAAAACGAAGCACAGUCACUACAGAAGAUGUGAAGCUUUUGGCUAGAAGGAGCAAUUCUUUGCUAAAGUACAUCACACAGAAGAGUGAAGAACUCACAUCAAAUACCAUGGAACAAAAGGAGAAGAAGAAAAAGAAAUCCAGUGCAGCUAAGGGAGGGAGAAAUUCGGAGGAACAUGAAGCACCAGUGUCUGAAAGUGAAGACUCCAGCAUGGCAUGAUUUACCUUUCAAGUAACUUCUCUGGUCGUUUUCUCUUACUAUCCUAGAAGACCAAAGUUAGCAUACCAGGGAUUGCCCUUGCAGGUUAGCAACAGUAACAAGUCUUUACCUUUUUAGGUGAACAUGAUUAGUUGUAUUUUUUGUUCCAAAACUGAAAAGGCUGUCAGAAUUCAGCAAUGUAUACAGCCAAAAUGCCUUAAUUACUCAUUAAACAUUAUCUUACUGUUAUUUAAAAGAAAAUCCUUUACUGAAAGGGUUUAAAGGAAAGCAUUCCCACUGAGCAUAAGGCCUCAGUAUGUGCAACUCCCUCCAUGCAAAAACUUAGUUUUUCUACUAAUUGAUCUCUUUCUCAUUUCCAUUUCUUUUUUUUUUUUUUUUUUAAGGUAUUAUAUUUUCUUUUUAUUAGCCAUAUUACUUGUUCUCUUGACAAUUAAAGCAUAUUUUGUGUAAUUUUUCUACUGUGAUAUUGUUGUUAUGCAAUAAUCACUUUCAAUUGGUUGCAUGACACUUCUGAAUUUUAUGGAAUAUGCCCCCCCCCCCAGUGGUGUUCAGAAAUAUAUCACCAUUGCCCUCUGCUGGCCUGGUACAGACUUACCAAAUGUUAGUUCUGUAGAAGCAGAUUUUAAGAAUCAUAGAAUCAUUAAGGUAGGAAAAGACCUCAAAGAUCAUUUAGUCCAGCCUUAAGACAUAAGGUACUAGAUAUAGUGAAAUGAAAGGAGGAGAAGGCUGCUUAAAAAACUGUGGUAUGAGAAAGUUUAUAGAGCAGGAGGAUGCUUGCCCAGGGUAGUCUAAAAUGUGCAGUAAGAGACAAAAAGACUUGAUUGCUGGUUUUCCCUUGCUCUUGACCCAUCAGACAAAUACUUCUUUGAUGCCAGUUGUUCUGUCCUGAAGGAGGCAGCUUAGGGAAAUUUCCCAAAAACAUGUUUGAAAUUAUCAGGUUUUCAUUUCAGUAAUUCUCUUCUCAGCCCUUAAAUACUACACCAUGAUUACAGGAUAACUCUAAUUGCCCUGAAAAACUUCUAGGUAUAGCUUUGCUUCUUGUUUAAAAUCAUUCUCUCUUGAAAGAACAGUACUAUUUCUGGACUAGGGUCAUUCAUUUGUACCUGGCACAUGGGAGAAAAGUAAUAUUCUGGGCUCCUUACAUGUGCUGCCUUUUAUUCUUGCUCUGUGUUUGAGCUAUCAAACAGUGGUGGAUGGGGAGAAAAAACAGGCUUUUUGUAGGCUGUAACUAUUCGGUAUUGAUCAAAUAAAACCAAGCAUUGCAGUGCAGGAAAAAAAAAAAAAAAGAGGCACGAAUCUCUCCCUCUGGAUCUAUACGGGACGUUUUUCACAAUCACACUUCUAAACACCCUCCUGUUUCCUUGUCCCAAACUGCUCCAGUUCCAGGGAUGAGAUGGGCUUUUAGAAAACUUACUCUACUUUAGAAAACUUUUCUACUGAUUUAUUUAGAAAACUUAUUCUACUGACUAAAAGAGUAAUAACCCAGGACAAAAACCCAGUAUUGUUUUUUGCUCUUACCCACUUCUCACUGAAGGAGAGACAGUUCUGUAGUCCUUGUCUGAAAUCUGUCACUUCCUGUCUGAACACAUACACAUAUUUCACUGCAGAAUGCAGAAGAUGCUGGCUGAAAGCUAGAGAUGGUUUACUGAAAAGUCUUGUGUUUGUUUGCUGUGGAAACAUUAGAUCUGGCAGAGGUUAUUUUGUUAUCACUGACAGGAAAUUCUAGCUCUGAGCUGACUUUUGGAAUGUAAUGAUCUAAAGAUCUAUAAUAAAAUCUACCCUAAAAAAAAA